AUGUCGCUCACACUCGGCAUGGACUACUUCAAUAAUGUCAUGAACACUACAACCGCCUCCUCCAUCGCCGACGCCAUGCUACCGCACACGAACAACACCUACUGGCACGAGUUCGAUCAAAUCUCGCAGUACAACGUCACCCUCGGCUUCUUCGAGCGAUUAUGGGCUGCGUGGUAUGCCUACAUGGGCAACGAUGUGCUUGCCACGGGAAUCAUGAGCUUUGUGAUGCACGAGACCGUAUACUUCGGGCGUGCUUUGCCUUGGAUCAUCAUCGACCGGAUACCAGCAUUCAACAAAUACAAGAUCCAGAACCAGAAGGUCCCUUCGCCGAAAGAGCAGUGGGAUUGUGCGAUGCUGGUUUUGCUCAGCCACUUCACUGUUGAACUGCCCCAAAUCUGGUUCUUCCAUCCUUUCGCGCAAUACUGCGGUCUCGGGACCAGCGUUCCGUUCCCUCCUUGGUGGAAGAUGGCAUAUCAGAUCGCAAUCUUCUUCGUUCUCGAGGACGCAUGGCAUUACUGGACACAUCGAGCAAUGCACUGGGGACCGCUCUACAAGAACAUCCACAAGAUCCACCACCAAUACUCUGCGCCAUUCGGUCUUGCUGCUGAAUACGCAUCGCCGAUCGAAGUGAUGAUUCUGGGGUUGGGCACAGUCGGGUCGCCUAUCUUGUGGUGCGCAAUCACCAAGGAUCUCCACAUCUUGACCAUGUACUGGUGGAUUGCGUUCCGUGUCUUCCAGGCCAUUGACGCGCAUUCCGGCUACGAGUUCCCAUGGAGCUUGCACCACUUCCUUCCAUUCUGGGCCGGCGCUGCCCACCACGACACCCACCACGAAAAGUUCAUUGGCAACUAUUCGAGCUCUUUCAGAUGGUGGGACUACGUCUUGGAUACCGAGAGCGGCCCAGAGGCAGCCAAGAGGAGAAGAGAGAGGAAGAUGGCCAAGGCGAAGAAGGCACAAUAG